CACUGCUGUCGCCAUUGCAACAUCCCGCUUCUCACAGGCAAAAAAUCUGGCUUUUGUUGUGGUUCUAACAGCGCAUAUAUAAACAAUGUUUGCCCUCUUCCUCUUCUUCUGCACAAAUUUGACGUAUUCUUGAACAGCCCACAAAUAUCUGAGUUGAGUCACAUUCUCAACCUUGUCUUUUUCUUCAUGUUUAUGGAAACUACUGCUCAGUUCCCUGAUAUGGGAGGUGAUUACAGAUUCAUUGCUAUUUAA